UGUAUGCGCGCGCUGUUUUCUUGUGUGCGUUUCGCGUCGGCGUGUGUGUUAUUACUCGUGUUAUAACGUCAACUUUAUUCCACCCCUUUUGUCACAUCCCCCCUCCGUACCUGAGGACUCCACGACGGCCCUGCCCCCUUCGAGCAGAAGGGAGGAAGUUCGCCGAGUUACUCUGCGGCAGUAAUCAUAUUAGUGCGGUGGUGAUUGUUCAGCGUCAGCCGUGAUCUCUAUGGACUGGAAGAGCCGUCGGCCUUACUGAGGAGGGCCAAAAUCAUGCCGAGGCCCGGACGCAGCACGUACGGCGAGCAGAAACCGCCGUACUCGUAUAUUUCUUUGACGUUUAUGGCCAUCAAUAGCUCAAGUGAAAAAAUGCUAACUCUAAGUGAUAUUUAUAAGUUUAUAAUGGACAGAUUUCCAUAUUACCAAAAGAACACUCAACGAUGGCAAAAUAGUUUGCGGCAUAAUUUGUCUUUUAAUGACUGCUUCAUUAAGAUACCUCGAAGGCCGGACCGUCCCGGAAAGGGAAGCUACUGGGCACUUCAUCCGGCCUGUGGUGAUAUGUUUGAGAACGGCAGCUACCUACGACGCCGAAAGCGUUUCAAACUAAGCAAACAAGCUAAAGAUGCUACAGCAGCAGCACUUGCGGACCUCAAACAUUUCGAAACGGCCACCCAGGCCGCUGUACAGGAACAUGCAAAGAUGAGAUUGACAGCUCUUGCUGCAGCUCCCAGCCAUCUGCAACCUCUGGGUGAGACUUUACUUUCAUCUAGUGUGCCCACUACCUACAAACAGCCAUUUACUAUCGAAAAUAUCAUAGGUCCUGACAUCAAAAACGGUGGACUUGUCGGAACACAUGGUGCAUUGCAAGGACACCAACCUAUGAUACCUCAACCUAUGCUGGCAUCUAGGUCGCUGGCGACCUUUCCUCAGCUCAGCAUGGCUAAUUGGCAUCCCACCUACACUUCGGCGGCUAUGACUUUCAACCCGGUCAUGACCGGUGCGGACUUUCCACACCUAUUUGUCGGUUCGAAACCGCCACAGGCUGCGACGAGCGUCUUCAGUUUACCCCUGCAUCAUCAUUUACAUAGAGGACUGGGUCAAGUGCCGUUCGCGGCUGCUCUGCCAUCGUUAGGCCCGUACAAACCUACCUUUGUCCCGGCAGCUUUUCCGAGCCUGCCUGACCAUGCGCUACUGGGGUCGGCAGUUAUGCCACCCUGCAUUAAUGCUGGCAUCUCCCCACCAGUAAGAGUAGAUUCUGUCUCCAGCGAUAUCUCAUCUAAGUCACUAGACGUCGUAUCAGACGAUUCCUCCAAAUGAAACUGAACUUCAAGAACUGUACGAUGAUUUUCGAGCCUUUUACUUCUCAGAAAACAAGCAGUAAGAAUAUAUCUUUUAUUCCUUUUCCUGUCUAUAUUCUAAAUUCUUGUAGCUAAAUUUGAAUACCUAGAUUUAAGAAGAUAUAUAAUAUAGAAAAUUAACGUUUGAUGCUUUAUUUUACUUUUAAAUAAGAUUUUAAAGUUAACUUUUAAAAUUGGUUUCAAAAGUAAGUUUAAAUUAAUUUUACUUAUUAAUAUAAAACAAAGCUUUACCCUAAUAUGAAAAAUUACGAUCUUACAUUUUUCCAAGCUUGUUCAGUUUAAAGAGUACUGAAUCUAAAUUUCAGGGUACUGAACCUGCACUAUACAAUUAUGGACGUCAGUAGUUUUCAUAAACUGCGUAUUAAGUUUUUGAAGUUUUAUGCAACAGUGUUCAUUCAUGAAUCUUUCUAAAAGACUAUUAGGACGUCUUGAUUAUUUAUUUAAUGAAUGCACUUACUAGAAAACUGGUGAAAAUAAGUAUAACGUCUACUAUUUCACAUUCUGUAGAUCUGUUAGCUUCGGAAAAUGAAAUAUUUUGAUAAAGGCAAUAUUUUAUCUUGAAAACCUUAAAAUUAUCAGCUGAAGAGCCUGUAUCUCAGUAAGGUAUUAUUAUAAUAUUUCUGCAUAGCCAUAUUUACCACUUUUAAAUUAUAGACUUACAGGCAUCGUAAUUAAAUGACAUUAUGAAUUAUUAGUUAAAUUUUAAAUAACUGUAUAAAAGAGUCCCCUUUAUUAUAUUACCUAAGGUAAUAACUCUAAGUAACUCUGUAACUCUGAGUUUCGAAUGUUAAAAAGGCAGUUUUAAACCACAUAUAUAUUAUUCUCCUCUUCACUAUUUGGUCUAUAACAAGUUUAGAAAGUUUUGCAAACUUGUGUGUAAUAUAUUACGAUAUUUUAAAAUUAAUAUAUUAAAUGCAAGAACGAGUUUCCCUUCUAGCAGUUAUAACAACAUUUUAUAAAAUAAACAGCCUUAGAAGACUUGAUUUUAACAGUGAAGAAGAUUUCUGUAUAAUGCUAUGAAAAUGCUGUCUUCGCGAAACUUGAAGAAUUCAUAGCCACCAAUAAAAAUUUGCCACAAUAUGAGAUAAAGUGAGAUCUUCCUCAUUGGUCAAGUUUGUUAGAAUGUUUGUUUACCAAACCUGAGGCUUUAUAAGAAAUAACAACUCAUCAAGCAAUAAUGUAGCUUCCCUUCAUAAAAAAAAAUAAAGAAUAAAACUGCAUAAAAACAUGAAACUCCUUUUAUGAAACUUCCUUUUAUAAAAGUUUCCCAUUCAUUUGCUUUACACCAUUUAAACAAAAAUCAUAUUAAUAGAAUACGAAGAAUUUCACUAUAAUUGAAAUUUAUUAAAAGACUAUUUAUUUACACUAUUUUGUUGAAAAAUGUACCUACUUUUUUCUGAAAGGGUAAAUGUCCACAUGUUACAAAUGUGUGGCUAUCAAUUUUUCUUUCAAUAAAUCUUAAAAAUAUUAAUUUUUAAAAGCAACUAAUUUAUUUUUAAUCAGAUGCUAAACUGGAAAUUAAAUGCGUUUUUCUUUUUUUUCAUCUUUAUUCAAAUUACAUUUAGAAAUUAGCCAGUAUCUAGCCAUUAAUUUAAACUUUUAUGUAUUGUUAAUUUAAAUUUUUCUAAUUACAGAAAACAAACGCGACUGUAUCUUAAACAUAUGAAAACAUACAAAUAUUUACAUGAGAGGGCAAAAUCAACCACUUAGGCUGUAGUGCAAAUAAUAUCUUUGAUUCUCUUUCAAUUUGGAAAAAAAAAAAAAAAAAAAAAAAAAAAAAAAAAAAAAAAA